AGCAGGGAUUCCUACGGCUUAAAAAGUCUCACAAGCCUUAUGCAUUUGCGUAUCUCCAUUUGCAUGUUAUUUGCAUGUUAUUCAUCAUUGUCCCAUUGCCCAAUACCUGAGGCAUUUGAUAUUUGAUACGAUAUUACGCAACAAUUCAACUUCUAAUUUCUUUCUUUUUCCUUUUCUAUUCCCUCGAAUCGCCCAACAAUCUAUUCACUAAUUCGCUACAACAAUAAAGAGAACCAUUUGCCCAUCAUGUCGGAACUCAUAGAUCUAGUCGCCCAUCUGUUCGAUUCGACAUCCGAGCUCUAUACGCUGGUUAGAGACCGCUUUGCCAACAACGUUAGCGAGUCGUUUACGUCUAUGACGGCGAAGGAAUGGAUUCGGCUAGUCAUCAUCGUUGGUGCGUAUGCAUUGCUGCGACCGUAUAUCAUCAAAUACGGCGCCAAGCACCAAGAAAAGCAGCUCGAGAAACAAUUCGCAGAAGAAGAUGCAGAGCAAGCGGAGAUAUCGCCUAAUCAAUUACGCGGCGAAGCCGGCAUACCUGAAGAUAGCGACGACGAGGGGGAGCAAGCGAAAACCACGGCUUCGGAUUGGGGAAAGAAGGCGCGGAAGCGCCAGAGGAACAUGAUAAAGAAGUUGCUGGAUGCCGAGGAGAAGAGACUCCAAGAGCUACAAGAAGACGAAGAGGAUAAGGAUAUUGAACAGUAUCUAGUGGCAGACGACUAGGUAGUUGUACCAUGUAGUAAGAGAAUAUCCAUGUGCUUUAUUAUCCGUAGCUGGAAUAGCAACAACAAAAAACCACCUAAAAUUGGGCAAUCAAAUAUUUAUUGUCCUCGAUGUACUCGAUGUAAUCGAUCUAGUAGUACCUUACGCUAGCAUUGUUAACUAAGCAUUGUUAGGUAUUCGAUAAUAGGCCUCUUCCGUGAUGUUAUAUUUGGUCCGGCUGGUAAAGAU